AUGUCUGAAUCCAGUCAAAACGCCACGGGGCCCGAUGCCUUGAACAACGCGGCCGCGAUGAACGGCACCGCUACCGCCUCAAACUCGACCGGAGCUGCUACUGCCCAAAAUGCGACCACGUUGGCUGCCUCGCCUGCGUUUAACCCGGGCCUGGAGAACAGGCUGCUCGCCAAGUACCUCCUUCUCAUCGUUGGUUCGGUCGCCGCUGCCAUGUUCGUCUACCGUGCCACCUACGCCUUGCUCCGCCAUGUCCGUACCGUCACCUCGCUCCAGAACGAGACGCAGCGGUACUACGCCCGUCCCCAUGCCAAGACGUCGUGGCUCAAGCGCAACCUGGUCUACGCCCCCGUCUUCCACAAACGCCACAACCGUGAGAUCCAGUUGAGCUCCGCUGUCAACAUUGGCACCCUACCCACCCGGCUGCAGCUGGCCUUCCUCGUCGCCUACUUCUGCACGAACGUUGCCUUCUGCCUCGUCGAUAUCCAGCUGCACAGCAACUUCGCCACGGCGGCUGCCCAGCUGCGCAACCGUAGCGGUGUCCUGGCCGUGGUGAAUAUGGUUCCCCUGUUCCUCCUGGCCGGCCGCAACAACCCGCUGAUCCCUCUGCUGGGCAUUUCGUUUGACACGUUCAACCUUCUCCACCGCUGGUUCGGCCGGAUUGCCAUUCUCGAGGCUCUGAUGCAUACGCUUGCCUACCUUAUUCCGAAGGCCAUGGCCCAGGACUGGGGCGCCGCCUUUCACACGGCCCUCACGGUCCGCUACAUGAUGUUUGGCUUCAUUGCGACGGUGUCCUUCCUAUUCUUGGGCGUUCAGGCGAUGAGCCCGCUCCGCCACGCAUUUUACGAGACGUUCAAGAUUGUGCACAUCCUUGUUGCUGCCGUCGCAGUUAUGGGCGUCUGGUACCACCUGAAGCUUAAGGACCUACCCCAGAUCGUCUACCUGUACGGCGUUGUUGCCAUCUGGGCCAUCGACCGACUCGCCCGUAUCCUCCGCAUCGUGUACCACAACGUUGGGCAAGGCGGCACCAAGACGCUCGUCGAGGCGCUCCCCGGCAACGCGUGCCGCGUCACAGUCACAAUGGCGCGGACCUGGGACUUCAAGCCGGGCCAGCACGCGUACCUGUACUUCCCGAGCGUCGGUCUCUGGCAGUCGCACCCGUUUUCCGUCGCUUGGAGCGAGGAGGCCGAGUCGCUGGACACAGAGAAGCUGGCUAUGAACCGGCAGGAGGUGCUUGCGAUGCGCAAGACGAGCAUGUCGUUUAUCAUCCGCGGGCGCACGGGCAUGACGGCCAAGCUGUACAAGAAGGCGACGGCAAGCCCAGAUGGCCGGUACGCCACAAACUGCCUCGUCGAGGGCCCCUACGGCGGCCUGCACCAGAUGCACUCGUACGGCACGGUGAUGCUGUUCGCCGGCGGCGUGGGCGUGACGCAGGCCGUGCCCCACGUGCGCGAUCUGGUGGUCGGCUAUGCCAAUGGCACGGUUGCGGUCCGCAAGAUUGUGCUGGUGUGGAUCAUUCAGAGCCCCGAGCACCUGGAGUGGAUCCGGCCGUGGAUGACGGAGAUCCUGGCCAUGGACAAGCGGCGCGACGUGCUGCGCAUCAUGCUCUUUGUCAGCCGGCCCCGGUCGACCAAGGAGAUCCACUCGCCGAGUGCGACGGUGCAGAUGUUCCCGGGCCGGCCCAACAUCGACACGCUGCUGGGCAUCGAGAUGGAGAACCAGGUGGGCACGCUCGGCGUCUCGGUGUGCGGCCCCGGUGCGCUGAGCGACGAGGUGCGGCGUGCGGUCCGCCAGCGGCAGUACCAGGGCUCGAUUGAGUUUGUCGAGGAGGCCUUUUCGUGGUAG